CCGGACAGGGGCGCGCGCGGGGACCCGGUCGGCACAGCCACCGCCGGCACGAUGGCAUCAACCCGAGCCCCGGGGGCCAAGAAGUACUGUUAACAGGGCUGUCCUGAGAAGUAGAACAAAAGGGGCUCUGUGGGAAGAUCCUCACAUGUCUGCUUGAAUUCCUGGUUGCUUUUAUUAGAUCCAGGAAUAACUCAGGGUAUUUUGGAACGUCUGGAUGGUGGGGAGGUUGUGAUUGGAGAUGGCAGCUUUCUCAUUACUCUGGAGAAGAGAGGCUACGUGAAAGCUGGGCUCUGGACUCCAGAGGCAGUAGUGGAACAUCCAGAUGCAGUUCGUCAGCUUCACAUGGAAUUCUUGAGAGCCGGAGCAAAUGUCAUGCAGACUUUCACCUUUUCUGCCAGUGAAGACAAUAUGGAAAGCAAGUGGGAAGAUGUAAAUGCUGCUGCCUGUGACCUCGCCAAGGAAGUGGCUGGCAAAGGUGAUGCUUUGGUGGCAGGGGGGAUCUGCCAGACAUCAAUGUACAAAUACCACAAGGAUGAAGCUAGAAUUAAAAAACUUUUUCGACAGCAGCUAGAGGUUUUUACCAGGGAAAAUGUGGACUUCUUGAUUGCGGAGUAUUUUGAGUAUGUCGAAGAAGCUGUGUGGGCUGUGGAAGUCUUAAAAGAAUCGGGUAAACCGGUGGCAGCGACCAUGUGCAUAGGCCCCGCUGGAGACAUGCACGGUGUACCGCCUGGGGAAUGCGCCGUGAGGCUGGUGAAGGCAGGGGCUUCCAUUGUUGGUGUGAACUGCCGAUUCGGGCCCGGGACCAGCUUGAAGACGGUGGAGCUCAUGAAGGAGGGCCUUGGGGCCACGGGGCUGAAGACCCACCUUAUGGUGCAGUCCCUGGGGUUCCACACGCCGGACUGUGGCAAAGGCGGGUUUGUGGAUCUCCCAGAAUAUCCCUUUGGACUGGAGCCCAGAGCCGCCACCAGAUGGGACAUACAAAAAUACGCCAGAGAGGCUUACAACCUGGGGGUCAGGUACAUCGGCGGGUGCUGUGGAUUCGAGCCCUACCACAUCAGGGCAAUCGCGGAGGAGCUGGCCCCUGAAAGGGGAUUUUUGCCUUUGGCAUCUGAAAAACAUGGUAGUUGGGGAAGUGGUCUCAAUAUGCACACCAAACCCUGGAUUAGAGCAAGGGCUAGAAGAGAGUACUGGGAAAAUCUGCUGCCAGCUUCAGGCAGGCCUUUCUGUCCUUCGUUAUCAAAGCCAGAUGUCUAAUGAGUAGUA